AUGAGCCAGUCUGAUAAGGAGAAGAUCGCAUCUCUGCCUCAUGCACAGAGAGAGAUUGAAUCCCUAAGACGCCAGGUCAAAGACCUACAGCGUGAGCUAUGGCAAUUGCGCCAGCGGGAAGAUAAGCAUAUUCCCUCCCCGCCGGCAAAUCUACCCACACCAGAGCUUUCUUUUUCCGAGAGUAGUCACUCUGAAAGCGACAAUGUUUCUCAAGGAACCAACUGGGGAGGCAUCUAUUUCAGGACUGCCCGCUCCCCCCACGAAACAUGGUAUGGUCCAUCGUCGCUCUUUUAUUUCAUGGGACGCAUGACGAAUUUCCUGAAUCUUACCCUCGAACAAACCCAGUCGAAAGAUCAAAUGGUGCCUGAAUCGGUUAGUAGGAGGCUUGAUGGGCCACUGGCCAGCAAUGACGAGAAAUUGGAACUUUAUCGCCAUGAUUCUCAAACAAGAAACGAAACUGAACAUGGCCAUUAUCUCACCCCGACCCAAGAGGAGUACUUUCUGGACUUGUACUGGAACUCUUACCAUACUUCUCUAUUCCCCAUCAUUGAUGAGAUCGAGUUCAAGCAGCACUAUCGGUCGUUAUGGACGACCUCAGGGAACGCGCGAAAGGAUUCGGCUCUCGUUGACAUUGUGAUUGCCCUCGGCAUGCAGUACGGCAUAUCAAUGACCCCUAAUAUGAAGUAUCAAUUUGCAGAUAAUAGUGACGCCACUAUUGCUGGUCGAUGGUAUUACCGACGAUGCCAGUCUUUGCUCGCCUACGAACUAGAAAGUCCCACUUUAGCGACCUUGCAAUGCCACAUAUUAUCGAUUAUAUACCUAUGCUCCGGCUCGUUUCAAAACAUGUCUGAUAGCACAUGUGCUGUUGCUGUGCGUACAGUUCACAUGCUUGGUCUUCAUCUAGACCCUCCACAAACUAUGCCGCGCAAGGAGCGAGAAAUACGAAAGCGCUUAUGGUGGGCCUUGCUCUGUGCGGACAGUAAGCUUGGUUUGAAGCUGGGCCGCCCAUUCCUCCUCCACCAGACAAAUACAACACCCAAGUUACCAGGGGACGACGUUGAAGCUGCGAUGUUGUCAGGUUCUAGUUUCGCCCCUCUUGGAGAUAAUGCCACCUGGCUUAGUUUCAAUCUACACCACACCACCCUGUUCCUAGUGGCUCGGGAGGCGCACACAGCAUUUUAUAGCAGAGAUUUGAACCUGCAGAAUGGCCAGACCGUAUGGGACGACUUCAAUACUCUGGAAAGCCAGGCUGAAUUCAUCUACCCGUUUGUCAAGAAACUCGAGAAUUGGACGAAUGGCGUACCAAGCACACUCGCGACGAAACGUAAAAGUGGCAGUCGGCCAUUUGCAACCGUUGAUGUAGAUCUCGAAAUUGAGCAAUUUGCGCCGCUUUGGCUCCAGAGGCAACGCGUUAUUCUUGAACUCAUGUACCACAAUCUGAGUGCCAAUCUCUGUCGCCCAUUCAUCUCGUUUGCACUCACUCCUCCGCUGACUGUCGUGGAAGAAAUGGCUUUCAAAUGUGCCAGCCAUGCCAUAGCUCUAACAAAGAUCACCUACCAGAUUCUGUCGUCGACAACUAUUCUGUCAGGUUGGCAUGAGGUAUUUCAAUGGCAAUGGAAUGUUGCCAUGACUCUUGUUGGCUUUGUACUCGCUUACCCACGCAUCUCAAUGACCGUCGCAGCCAGAGAUGCGAUCAAUUUGUCGGUCUCGGUUUUUGACAUCUUUGGAAACAGCUUUGCAGUGGCCAACAGUGCAGCUACCAUUGUGCGGAAUUUGAUCACAAAGAUCGAUUUUCUGGCCAAGCAUGCUUGGCGAAGGCAAUCUGUGUUGGAGAAUCACAAAGAGGAUACCAGCCAAGUAUCUGCUAUACCCUCUGAUAUUGUGACAUCGCAGCCAGAGCCAUACAUGGAUAACAACUCCCUCAUAUUUCAGUCACCGGACAACUCUCUGGAAUUUGGGGAUAUGAGUUUAGAGUCCAUGCAAGAUAUGUUUCACAUGGCUUUUGAUAUUGAUCAGUGGAGUGAUCUUAGUGGCAUAUGGUCGCAGGCAGGCGGAGUCUAG